UCAUCCCAUACCAUCAACAUGUCCAAGGCAAAGGCAGCGGCGGCAUCUAUAGUGCGCCUCACGGUUCCGGCUUCCAAAGCUACUCCAUCACCACCUGUUGGUCCUGCGCUCGGUUCAAAAGGUGUGAAAGCCAUAGAUUUCUGUAAAGAAUUUAAUGCUCGGACGGCUCACCUGAUAAACGAUACGCCUGUACCAUGUCUCAUCACUGUUCAGCCCGAUCGUACUUUUUCCUUCGAAAUCAGAUCACCGCCCGUCUCAUAUCUGAUCAAACAGGCGGCGGGGAUCGAAAAAGGUUCGGGCAAAGCUGGAGGUUCCGAGACGAUUGGAAAGAUCUCACUCAAACACCUAUAUGAGAUAGCAAAGAUCAAAGCGACAGAUCCGGGACUGUCAGGACUCAAGUUGGAAUCCGUGGCGAGGAGUGUACUGGGAAGCUGUAGGUCUAUGGGCGUCAAAGUCGAGCCGUGAGAGCAUUGUGUCUUAUCUGUAUAAUACAAGCAUAUUGCAUGGAGUCUAUCAUCUCUCGCUGACUUUGUACGAUGACGGAAAUCUCCCGUACUGAUUUCGUC